AUGCGAUGCAGAAGGCAAAAUUGGCUGGCUUGUCGAUAUUUCCAUUGCCAUGCAGUGAUUGCUCGAAAUGUCGAGGUGUCAGAUCCUUUGACUUCGGAGGAGCACGUCAAAAGCCGUUGGUACUUAGAGCGAUUUAUUCAGCAGAACCCGUAUGAAGAACUUGAAUCUCGAGAAGCGCUACGGCUGUUAUCUGUAUACGCUGCCAGCAUUCUGGAACAGUUGCAGCUCAGAAGCCUUGUUGAAACGCGGGUAAAUCUGGACACGAAUACGGAAGAAGGCUGGGAAUUGGCGAUUGAGGUGGUCGAUUCUGAAGCAAAUUCUCAUACAAUUCAUCAGCUUUUCUGGGAACUUUUGGAAGAUCCCCAGCUUUUUAACGCCGACUUCCAGACUGUUACGGUUGUCAGAUCCCUAAAAGGUACUGAGAAUCCAAGGCAGCCGAUACGAGAGGUCGCAUUUAAACAGCAAGAAUCUACAAUCAAUAUUCUGCUUGUGGUGGCUCGAGACACAAAUAGAAAUGCCGCUCUCUACCACGAUAUCAGCCCAUUUCUCGCGACAGAUAUUCUCCUCAACAUCAAGCGUGACCUUGAGCGGAACCACAGGAGAGUCCACAUGAAUAUCGAAAUUGUCAGGCCUGGCACCCUCAAAGCAUUCGAAGAUCAUCUGGCGGCUUCAGAACGUCAACAUGGCCCGGGAUACUUCCACGUCGUGCAUUUCGACCUCCACGGCAAGAUUGGCGCUCGGUCGGGAGCGCUGGAAAAGAAAAAAUACGCGUUCCUCUACUUCUCUCAUCCUAGCGAGGGGAGAACAAAACCCGAAAGGGUACAAAAAAUAGCGGCGAUUCUGCAGCGGUACCAAGUACCUUUCGUUGUGCUUAAUGCUUGCGAGUCUGCUAGGGCUGGGAUGGGAGAUGAUGCAAAUAUCGCAAAAGUAUUUUGCAAAGGAGAUAUCCGAAAUGUGGUGGCGAUGUCAUUCAAGAUAUCCAGCUCUGCUGCUUCAAUGUUCCUCCGCGAAUUCUAUACCAGUCUUCUUGUCACCGGUUGUUCAUUUUCAGCCUCGGCCCGCAGAGCACGAACAUUGUUGAGAUGCUCACCAGAGCGCAGUGCACGCUUCGGACUACAAAAACCGCUCAUGGACUGGUUUGUUCCUGUCGUAUAUGGCUCUGUCGCUGUUUCUGUCCUUCAAACAGACCGUCCUGUGGAGCCUCGGAGUAGCCCUCCAUUGAUUGGUCGGGACUUCGAUGUUCUACGAUUUGAGCGAUCGCUGAUACAAGAGCGUCUUUUAUAUUUGUACGGCCCCCGAGGUUCAGGGAAAUCGAGCUUUGUUCAAUAUGUGUCCUCUCUGUGGCAAGAGACAUCUCGUGUUGAGGCGAUUCUCUAUCUAGACAUGGCCGCGGAGAAGAUGGAAAGUCUGACAGAUCUUAUCCGCAUCCUCAUAAGAAAGCUCUCCGAGAAUCUAAUACGAACAGGUUCAAAGUCCGUUGUGAGCGCACAUAUACUGGAUGUAUGGUUAACAGAUAAGGCUGGUCUCGUGGGGGGUUUUCUCGAUAUUUUGAGAAAGGUACCGACCUUCAUCAUUUUUGAUAAUCUGAAUGUGUCCCACUCGGACACUUUGAAAGGUGCUAUGAGCAAGUCUCUCAAAGCCAUAUUCAAUAAGCUUGCCAAGACCCUGUUUGACUUUGUGCAUACCUGUCCUCGAGAUCAGCCAACAUACCUUGUCCUCGUUGGCUGCCGAUCAUUUUCCUGGGCUCAGGAAAAGCUUGGAUACAGCGUUUCGAACGGAGUAUUCGAGCUUCCGGGCCUCGAGAUGGCGGAUGCGAUUGAAAUGAUCCAGGGAAUGCGCGGAAAAAGUGAUGUUGCGGGCAAGGAAAUGAUCAGUCAAGAUAUGGACGGCCUGGAGUUGAUUAUCAAUUUAUUCCAAGGGCUGCCUGGAGCCUUGAAGUUGCUUGAGGGCGUCCAUGUCCCUCUGCAUAUUUUGUAUGACAAUCUUCGCUCUUUGCCGCGCCGGCAUGGAGCCAUAGACAUCCAAAGCGGGCCACACUUACGGGAGAUUUCUGAUCUGCUAGAUGAUGUACCAGAUUAUUGCCAGCCACUCACCUCACUCUUGGGUUCUUUCUGGCAUGAAGGAGGUUCUGCAACUGUGAUAGUGACAUUGUUCCCUUUCUUCCAUCUCCGGGCCCAUGGCAGCAGCUUGCCACUUGAUGAUGAGUCAAUUUCAACAUUACUCAGGAUCUUUGAGUCUCUCCAAGAUCUUGGGUAUAUGGAUCAAGAUGACGAUACACUUGGCAGAGCUGGACCUUCGUCAAUCCAUCCGAUGCUGUCUAUCUACUCGCGACUGCCACAUACAUAUGGACGCGGACAUUCUUUACCCGGCCUGACGGAAGGGGCAAAGACAGAACCCUUUGGAAACAUCUCUGAUCUCGCUCUGGGGCCUGAGUGGCUUGAACUUUUCGUGACAUCCGUGGUGGGAACUGUGCAAGUUCGUUGGCACGCUCGCGUCGAUCGGGGAGGACCGUCUGAUCACCUUUAUGAGUUGGGAAUGGCGAAUUUUCCAAACAUGCUCAAUUGUCUCGAUAUAUGCAUUAACGAGAAAAGUGAUCUUCCACUGGUAUCCUGGCCGCUCAAAACCUUUAUACGGAUUGCGGGGAUCGUGUCGGAUGCGGCCUCGGUUGUUGAAUUUCGGCUAUUUGCUCAGACCUUUGAGAUUCUUCUCGAUGCCUUCUACGAUUCUCUCGGCUCGCUUGAAGUUCCAAUUGAAUACCAAUUUUUUGCCAGCUCUGCCCACAUGUUCCUCGUUUCUGCAUACGCGCGUCAGGGCAUGUCGUCACCGGAAGUGACAAUGAGACUGGUUGAUCGCGGACUCGAAGUAUUCAAGGCAACAGAGAGCAAAUAUGGCUUGCCUUCGAGCCGUGGAAUGCUUUUUGGCUCGGGUUGGCUUUACUUUAUGGACACAUUUUUGAAUCUGGAAUUGGGUGCGCUGCAGAAAGCACGGAGCUCCUGGCAGCAGGCUCUGGAAUUGAUGGCCCUGGCAGCGGACGAUGAGGCGAAUGAGACAGGCACCAGCAAAAGUGAUAUUGAAGCGAUUAACGUCGAUGGUUUUCUCGAUGGCUUAUUACGAGCCGUUAAUGAUAUGGGCACAACGCAAAGCAGUAUGGAUGAGUUGUCGACUCUAGAAAUUGCUAAGGUCAUGUAUGAGAAAAUGAACGCCAUUAAAGCGUACAUGGAAGAUCUCAUGUCCGGUAUGGAACAGAAUGCAGAACCAGGUCACAGCAAUAAUUUGAUCAUGGGACCAGACCGUGAGAUGCUGCAAGUACUGAACGAAUUAUCCACACGCAUUGACUGUUUCUAUGAGCGCCAAGGCCUCUCCCGACAGACGCCCCGUUUCAUUCAAAAUAUGCUAGACACAAACGCUGAAGAUAGGUUUGGCGAGAUGAAUAUGUUGUCGCGUUUGGAGAGGAUGGAGACAUCGGCAGACAUUGGUGACUGGAGCGACGUAGGGGAGCAGCAUCUGUUCUUCAUCACAGCUGGUUGA